AUGCAAACUGCGGAGACUUUGAGCUUGAUUUUUGCUGCCACAGGUUUCCUGGAUCAUCUGUGGCAGGUGCGUUCCCUUCAAGCCACAUUUGGAGAGUUUGAAUCCAUGAUGAAAAUUACUCAGCAGAAGCAGGAGGUUACCGAGAAGGCUGUUAAACAAGGGGAGAGUGAAAUAAACCGGAUCAGUGAAGUGCUUCAGAAGCUGCAAAAUGAAAUUUUGAAAGACUUAUCUGAUGGCAUCCACAUGGUGAAGGAUGCAAGAGAACGAGACUUCACAUCUCUGGAAAACACAGUGGAAGAGAGACUAACAGAGCUAACCAGGUCUAUAAAUGAUAACAUUGCUGUAUUCACUGAAGUCCAGCAAAGGAGCCAAGAUGAAAUAAACAAUAUGAAAGCAAAGGUUGAUUCACUAGGAGAAGCAAAUGUGUAUAAACAUGAAAUUAAGGUGCUAAAAGAUGCUUUUGAUGAGAUGCAAGUUUCCAUGAAAACCAAAGAAAAGGACAUAGAGGCGUUGAAGAGUACAAUAGACUCCAUGGAGUCUGAUGUGUAUACUGAAGUGAAAGAGCUAGUCAACCUCAAACAAGAACAUGAGAAAUUCAAAGAGGCUGCAGACACUGAACACCUUUCACUAAAGGCUUUACAAGAGAAGGUUCUGAGAGCUGAGGAUUCUAUUAUGCAGCUCCCUGGUGACAUUAAAAGGCUCGAUGAAGAUUUACUACAAGUGAAAGCCAAUCUUAACAAAUGGGAAGAAAAUGAACUCUUCAGAAAAGCAUUGGAAACUUUUGGGAAGAACACUGAAGGACUAGAGUCUCGAUUGAGGCACAUAGAAGACACCCUGGAGUCUCUAACUUCUGUUGCUGCUCAAAACAGCGAAAAGUUGCAAUCUUUCCUCUCUAAGGAGGAAGAAUACAAGAAUAAGCUCAGUACCCUAGAACAAAGCAUUACCGUUCUUCAGGGAAUCUCAGAUACAGAUGUAACCUCAGUCACGGAUGUUUUGAAAAAUCUUGGUGAAUCACAGACCUCACUGUACAAUGACUUGGAGAACUUGAGGAGAAGCAUCAGUGACCUGCCAUCCUCCGGUGCUCUUCAAGAUAUCCAGAAGCAAAUUAGUACUUUGUUGGAUCAAGGAAAUCUUCAGAUGAGUCAAGCACAUUCUCAAGACUACCUUGAAAAAUUUUCUUCUGUGGAGGGCUCAGUAGAUGAGCUGAGAUCUUCUGUCAGCCAGGUUGAUUCCGAUUUGAAAAUGAUUAGAACUGCAGUGGAUAGUUUAGUCUCCUACUCAGUGAAAAUUGAAAAUAAUGAGAACAACUUGGAGUCUGUGAAGAGCUCAAUAGAUGACCUGAGGAAUGAUCUGGAAAGGUUGUUUGUGAAAGUAGAAAAAAUACAUGAAAAAGUUUAG